AGCCUUGUUGGUCCCGCGGUACAUGCUUCCUGUUCCCAGAGAGAUUCACCCUUGGGCUUUCCUAUCAGUCUUCCCUAAAGUUGGCUGCUCCUGUGUCCUGUCACAUAAAACUGUGAACCGAGGUCUCCGACUUACGUCAUGUCAGUCACAGCAGGGUGAGGCUCCACAAGUGUGAGUUCUGGCCCCUGCUGCUUUCCUUUCAAAUGCAGUUUACAGUUUAUUAUGGUAUUGGACACCCUAUGCUCCUUACUGCAUUGGCUUUGGGUAAGAAAGAGUGAAAAUUAGUGUGCAGACCUGAAAACCUAGAAUUUCUGAUCGGGACUGAAGAAAACCUUUGUGCUGCAGUCAGUCCCCGAGCCAGACGCCUGUGACUCUCUUCACAUGGAAAUAGAUGACUAUCCACAGUAAAAGCAAAAUUAAAAAGUGAUUUGUGAAAAACAUCCUCCAUGCUCCUCUUACCAAGCCUGCAACUUAAAACCUAUGGUUUAAACUGUGCUUUCAAUUAUUUGGAGGAGGCCAGCACUGAUGAGCCCAUCCUGAGCCAGUCAUUUUAAGGCCAGUGCUACCUAACUGGGACAAGGCUAAUCUGGUCGCCUUGCUGUUAGAGGCUCUUUCCCAGAAGUUGGACGAAGAGGCUCAAGCGUUGCUGUUUCUUGUCUUCCAAGUCAAGUGGUUACUCUGGUAAUGGAUUGCCUCUCUCCGAGCUUUCACCCUGGUGAGACUGUCCAGAUCUAGUCUGUAAACCCAGCUUAGAAGCACUGUUGUAAAAAUGACUGAAGAGCCCAUCAAGGAGAUCCUGGGAGCCCCAAAGGCUCACAUGGCGGCGACGAUGGAGAAAAGCCCCAAGAGUGAAGUUGUGGUCACCACAGUCCCCCUGGUCAGUGAGAUUCAGUUGAUGGCUGCUACAGGGGGUACCGAGCUCUCCUGCUACCGCUGCAUCAUCCCCUUCGCUGUGGUUGUCUUCAUCGCCGGCAUCGUGGUCACCGCGGUGGCUUACAGCUUCAAUUCCCAUGGGUCUAUUAUUUCCAUCUUUGGCCUGGUUGUUCUGUCAUCUGGACUUUUUUUACUAGCCUCCAGUGCCUUGUGCUGGAAAGUGAGACAAAGGAGCAAGAAAGCCAAGAGACGGGAGAGUCAGACAGCUCUCGUGGCAAAUCAGAGAAGCUUGUUUGCUUGAGACUGAAUACGACCAAAUGGGCCAUUGGGCCUGGAAAACGUGCUCUGACUUUGUCACCCAAUUCACCCAGAACCAUGGUGAGAGAGAACAGAUUUGGCGUUGGAGCAGAGUGGAAGAAUGGGGGUGGGAGGGUGGAGGGGCUUCUCCUUUGUGAGGAAUGACUCAUGUCUUCUUUAACGACAAACUUAACCCUAAGGGCUACUUCUGAGACUGAAAAAUCAGCUUUCUAUUUACAUGAAACACUUUGGGGGUCAUGGGAGUGCACAGCAUUAGACAGUAUUUGGUUCACCCUGUAAAGUAGCCAAGAAAAGAUGAGAAAAAUCAAGAUAGGCCUGGCACACUAGACAUUUGCCUCCAAAAGAAAUAACCUACAGUCUUAAGAUGUAUCAUAAAAAUGUUCUGCCAAGGAUCUAAAUUACCUUGGGUUUCACAUAUGUCUAUGAAAUUCUGUGAUAAUUUUUUUCAAUACAUUGAUUCACUGGCGUCUGUUUUCAUUUUAUACUUUUAAUAACUCAUCACUGGUGGUACUUUAUCUUGAAAAGUAAACUAAUAUUUUUUAUAUUUUAACAUUGGACAGUGUUAGCCAGUUGUAAUGAUGUAUCAGAAGUAGAGAAAAACCCAUUAAAGUUAUAGCUAAUAGAUGCUGUUUGGGGUUAAAUUAAUAGUAAAAUAAUCCAAUAUAGCACUUUUGAUGAUUUUUAUAUAAAAGUCAACUGUACAUUUCAUUCAGAAUAAUAAAUACUUAUUGCUGCUAAAACUUCUUAAAUGGUUGUUUCUGCUAUAGUUAUUUCUAUUGCAGUUCCAAAUUGCCAUCUUCCCUUGUCUCAUUUGCAAGUUCUCAAUUGUAUUUCUCUCAAAUGGACAGGUUCCUUCUUUACUGGAGGAUUUUUGUUUAUAUCAUAUUGGUUUUUCAUUACUUCUGAAUAGUCUUAAUUACGUUUACUAAAUUCUAAAGGAUUUCUGUGCUAUUGUAAUUAGGAAAUCAACGUCUUUGGUCAGGAACUUUAUAAUGUGCUAUUAAAUGUAUAUUACAUUUUUGUGGAA